AUGCAGUUCAGGGGCGGAAAGGCGCAACGCAAGGACGCACGCGCGCACAACGCAAACGCACGGCCUUGGGUCUUGGUCUUGGUCUUGGUCUUAUUCUUGGUCUUGGGGCUAGAGGUCUUGGAUAUUCGGGGCCCCAACCAGCCAGCGAACGAGCGCCUCCCCCCGCCCGUCAAGAUUGUCAACAUUCACGCACGCUUCGGGGACUGCAAACCGAACAAGCUAUGGAGACUGGCUGCAACUGAAUUUCGGGCUGCAUCGCUUCGCCCUCAAAUCGGUAUUGUGGCUGCGUCGAACACGGCACUUGGACCUCAAGCCCCUUCGCCGGCGCCGCCGCCAGGAAACCCUAUUCGGGAAGUGGCUUAG